AUGGCGACUCAAGUUGAAACAACAUCAUCCUUUGGCUCCAAUAACAAAACCAAGUAUAGAUAUGAUGUUUUUCUGAGUUUUAGAGGUGAAGAUACUCGCCGCACCUUCACUGUGCCUCUCUACAAUGCUUUGCGAUGUAAGGGAAUCAAUGCCUUCAUUGACGACAGGAAGCUUGGCAAAGGGGAAGAGAUCUCACCUACGCUUCUUAGAGCCAUUGAGAGAUCGAGAAUUUCCUUCAUUGUGUUCUCUAGGAACUAUGCUACUUCCACAUGGUGCCUAGAGGAACUCGCCCAUAUCAUUUGGUGUCAGAAGCAGAAGAACCAGCUGGUUAUGCCCAUCUUUUACAAGGUGGAUCCGUUGGAUGUUCAGUAUCAGAAAAAUAGCUUUCAGGAAGCCAUGGCUGCUCUUGAAGAUAGGUUCAGAGAUGACUUGGAGAAAGUGCACAAAUGGAGAUCUGCUUUGUUUGAAGCUGCUAGCUUAUCACCAGCAUGGCUUUUCGAAGAAGAUGGGUAUGUUUUCUUGUAUUAUUUUCUUAGUGGUUAGCACGCUAUUGAAGAUGUUUGAAAUUUUGACUUGUGACUAUCGCUUUUGCAGUCCAAUGAAAGGUGCAAGA